UGUACUGAAACCAUGUAAGCUUUCUUCCUACCUUCAGAACGGAGGAGGGGGAAAAAUGCUUUUAAAAAGUUAACUCGUCUUUAGUCGGAGAGCCGUAUGAGUGAAACAAGGCUGCUGUUUGUUGGUCUCUCUUACCCUGGCCUAACGCGAGGACCCUUGACCUCUGACCCAAGAUGGCAGCGUUCAGAGCAUAGCUCAUGCGUCUCUGCGGUGAAAUAAGACUGAAAAUCUCACGUCAUGUCGAAGCUAAGCCGGGUCUCUCGGACCCUCAGGAAGCCGGAGGCGGGCGGCGUGAUCCGGGCCAUCGUGCGAGCAGGCCAAGCUAUGCCUGGGCCGCCACUGGGUCCCAUCCUGGGUCAGCGGGGUGUCUCUAUCAACCUGUUCUGCAAAGAGUUCAACGAGAAGACAAAGGACAUCAAAGAAGGCAUUCCUUUGCCCACAAAGAUUUUCAUAAAGCCUGACAGGACCUUUGAGCUCAAGAUUGGGCAGCCCACUAUUUCCUACUUUCUGAAGGCAGCUGCUGGGAUUGAGAAGGGGGCCCGGCAAACAGGGAAAGAGGUGGCAGGCCUGGUAAGCUUGAGGCACAUAUAUGAGAUUGCCUGCGUCAAAGCGAAGGAUGAUGCUUUUGCCAUGCAGGACGUACCCCUGUCUUCUGUGGUCCGCUCCAUCAUUGGCUCUGCCCGCUCCCUGGGCAUUCGUGUGGUGAAGGACCUCACUGCAGAAGAGCUGGAGGCUUUCCAGAAGGAACGAGCCGUGUUUUUGGCUGCUCAGAAAGAGGCAGAUUUGGCAGCCCAGGCAGAAGCUGCCAAGAAGUGACCCCAGCCUUCCACACUCUGGGAUUUUGAAGCAAGAGACCAAGAAGGGGCCCACUGAGAAAGCGGAGCCACAGGACAGGAAGGGACUUCAUGGCAGUGUGGUUUAUAGUUUCCUGACUUACAUUUCUAUACAUGUGGCUGUGUCGAGGGAUCCAGCCUGAAUAAACUUCCUGUGCCAUCCA